AUAUUUUGUUCACAGGGACUCUAAUUCACGAGACAGAUUCUCAGCGGAGAGAACCAGACCAACGGCUCCGCAGACACAAAUACUGCCGUACGCAAAUCAGACGUCGCAACGCCGCCGCAACCCCUCGCCGCGGGCCGCGAUGGAGCUCCCGUAUUUCAGCGACGACGUCUUCUACGAGAUCAUCCUCCGCCUCCCGCCGCGGCCGUCCACCCUCCUCCGCGCCUCGCUCGUCUGCAAGCGGUGGCGAGGCAUCGUCUCCGACCCCCAAUUCCUCCCCAAGUUCGUCAUCCACCACCGGUCCCCUCCCCUCCUCGGCUUCUUCUCCGGCUACUUCGGGAAACCAGCCUUCACUGCGGCGCUGGACCCGCCCGAUCGCAUCCCCGCCGAGCUCUUCUCGAUGCCGCGGCAACUCUACGAGAGCUUCUCCAUCCCGCCGCGCCUCAACGAGCGCUGGAGCCUCGUCGGCUGCCGCCACGGCCUUGUCCUCUUCCUCCACCAGGCGCCUCUUGCCAUGGUCUGGGAUCCCAUAACCGGAGCCAAUACCUGCAUCGCCGUUCCACUGGAGUUCGCCACCGCCGACAGGAUCAUUUGCCACGGCGCGGUUCUCUGCGCGGCCGCGGCCGGCGGCGCCCACGUGCAUUGCGGUCUCCGCACAUGCCCCUUCAAGGUGGUGGUGAUAUUCAUCGACGACCACUACACCCAAGCAUUCGCCUCCGUCUAUUCAUCAGAGUCCGGCAAAUGGGGCAGAGUCUUCUCGACGCCAAUCCCGUCCCCGGUUUCUCCACGGCAGCCCAGCACCCUCGUUGGUAAUGCCCUGUACUGGAUGCUCAUUAACAAUGGCAUCCUUGAGCUCCAUCUGGAUAGGCAGUGCCUCGCGGUGAUAGAGAAUCCGGUGGGUGGGCCUCUCCUUACCGACCAUUUCGGAUUUCAGAUCACGGCAUCACCGGAUGGUGAGCUUGGCCUCGCCAGUUUAGCACGAUCCAUAAUCCAACUGUGGGAGAGGAAGACCAAUUCUGGCGGUGUUCCCACAUGGGAGUGGGGGGAAACCAUUGAUCUUGACAUGAUUCUUGCGCUUGAGUCAGGAAAGGAUAGAAUCCGACUGGGGAUACUGGGCUUUUCUGAAGAUGCAAAUGCAAUUUUGGUGUCGAUGGGUACUGAUGCUUUCCUGGUGCACCUUGACUCGAAGCAGGUCAGAAAACUUGCAACCAGCGUGUCUGUUACUGCCUAUCAUCCAUACACAAGCUUCGCUAUUCCAGGUUGUGAUGCAAAACGACUCAUUCAUGCUGACAAAGGUGGGGACCUCCUCAUGGUGCCCACGGAUUUAUUUCUGAGCGGGUGGCAUUACCUAGACCCUCGAGGAGAUGAGCAAGGUCCAUUCUCGAUGGUAGAGCUGCGGCAAUGGAAGCGAAGUGGCUACUUCAGUCAGGACUUCAGAGUGUGGAGAGCAGGCCAAACAAGGGAGCAAGCUAUUUUGCUGACCGAUGCUAUGUUGCUCUUGCUGUAGUGCACUCUGCAAUCUUUUUUCUCACCUGAUUGCCCUGAAGAAUUGCUCAACGUCACAUUUAACGCUGCUUAUAUACACUAGAGUCCUUUUCAAGAGAUAAUGUACACUAGUCUGAUGCCUGGUCUUGUUGAAUCAGAUGGUGAACGUGUGUGAUUACAAAUAAAUUUUCCACUGAUAUCCAUUUCUGGUUCGAUGCACCUGACCUCAGUGUUAUCAGACUUAUAGAGUUGCU